AUGUUUCCUAUGAAGGACAUGGAUGGCCCUCGAUCUAGUGGCCUCCACAAGAAAAGGAAGUCGAGGUCAGAAAGAAAUCGUGGGAGAAAAUCAAAUGGGAUAAGGAACAACCGCGUUAAGGGCUCCGUGUUUCGCUUCUCCUCCGACUCGGAGCGAGAGGGCGACAGGGAGCCCUCCUCAUCCCGUCCCAGACCCCCACGCAGGAAGCGCAAGGAGUCUACUUUUGCUGAGGAGGACAUCAUCGACGGCUUUUCCAUCACGGGAUUCGUGACCCUGGAGGCUCUAGAGAAGAACAUGACACUGAAGCCCCAGGAGUCCAGAGAGAACCAGGCGGGGCCCCUGCACAAGAAAAAGUCUGCCAGGGUCCCCAAUGGCCUGAGCCUGGAGCCCUGCAAGAACAAUCACCACCAUCACCAGUCCUCAGACCAGGAGAACAACCCCCGCGUGGCACACACUCAAGGCAAGAAGAAGAAGAAACACCUGAGCAAGAAACACACAAUGCUGAAGCCGGGGCAGAACAACUGUAAGGACAGUGACAGCGAGAGUGUAAGCGGAGCGUCCAAGCCUUCCAUCAGGAGCAGCUCCAGAGACAGACUGACAGAUUGCGACACUGAGAGCGACCAAGACGACAAGGUCUCAGAUGCCGGCUCCGAGAAAUUUUUCAACACAGCUUCAAUUAAAGCUCCAGAUUUUGGCAUCGAUGUGCUCUCCAACAAUGGCAGCCAGGAGCCGCACGGCCCAGGCCUCCUCAAGGUGUCAGGCCUAGAGCGCAGUCAGGAGAGGAGCCAGGAGAGUAGGGACCCCCAGAUCCCUGCAUCCAGCACCCCGAAUCCACCUCAGCCCCCACAAGCCCUCCCCCUGCCCCACCCGCAGCCCCCGCCUUCCGUCCCCCAGCUCCCGUCCCCUUGUCGGACCCAGACCAACGGCCCCACCACCCAGGCUCCAGCCUCAACUCACCUGCCACCACGUUCAGAGGCUCUCUCCAGGCCUCAGACGCCUGCAGCCCUGCCUCUCGCCCAGGGCCAAGACCCCUCACGCCCCCCCCCUCCCCGGCCCCAGCACCAGCCCGAACUGCUGUGCCACCCCAGGCCUCCGCCGACACCCAGCCUUCACCCACACCCGCCGUCUCCUGCCCUCCCUACCCACCACCCCCACCAACAGCACCCGAGUCAGGCAGGGCCACACCGGCCCCCUUCACGCUGCCACCCUCGGCCCCUUUCUGCCUACAACGGCCACAGCCUCAACGGUCACAGCAGCAGCAGGAGCAGCACCCCAGGCACCAAGCCCCACGGGCCCCCUACUCCCUCCUUGCACCUCCCCCAGCACCCGCCACCUCCUGCAGCGGCAGCAGCAGCCUCCAAUUUCCCCCUGCCCUUGGUGGCUAACCAGAACACCCCCCACGGCUACCCUCCUGCCUUGCAGUCCUCACCGCACCCACAUCACCCCAAUAUGUUCGCUCCUCCAGCGGCCUUGCCACCACCACCACCACUGACGUCUAGCGCCCUGCCAGUACCUGGACAUCCUGCUGCUGGGAGUGCCUACUCAGAGCAAGACCUUCUACGUCAGGAGCUCAACACCCGUUUCCUGGCCUCCCAGAGCGCCGACCGCGGCGCCUCGCUGGGCCCUCCGCCCUACCUGCGCACCGAGUUCCACCAACACCAGCAUCAGCACCAGCAUCAGCACCAACACACUCACCAGCACACCCACCAGCACACCUUCACGCCCUUUCCCCACGCCAUCAUGCCCACCCCAGCACCGCCCAUGGUGCGUACCCCUGCCAGAAACUUUGAAAAAUACCCAACAAAAGUUGAUCCCUUCUACAGACACAGUCUCUUCCACUCCUACCCGCCGGCCAUGUCUGGCCUUCCACCCGUCAUCCCACCGAAUGGGCCCUUCAGCUCAUUGCAGGGCGCCUUUCAGCCCAAAACCUCUAAUCCACUCGAUGUGUCCACAAGACCUGGAGCCGUCCCUCACACGUUCUUACAGAAAGACCCCAGGCUAACGGAUCCGUUUCGGCCCAUUCACAGGAAACCAGGGAAGUGGUGCGCCAUGCACGUCCAUAUCGCCUGGCAGAUAUACCACCACCAACAGAAAGUAAAGCAGCAGAUGCAGGUCGACCCUCACAAGCUAGACUUUGGACUCAAGCCUGAGUUCUUGAGUCGGCCUCCGGGCCCCAGCCUCUUCGGCGCCAUCCAUCACCCCAACGACCUGGCACGGCCCGCCACGCUCUUCUCCGCUGCAGGUCCUACACACCCAUCAGCAGGUCCCUUUGGACAUCCGCCCCACCAUCCUGGAAACUUCCUCACUCCAGCAUCUCACUUAGAACCUUUCAGUAGGCCUACAUCAUUUGGAGGACUGGGAGCCCUCAGUUCAUCAGCCUUUGGAGGACUGGGGAAUCCAGCACUAAAAUCCCUAACAGCGGCCAACUCCAUGUUCGGCCAUAAAGAUGGCCCCAACGCACAGCAGCACUUCAACACCAACGGUAACAACAGCCACCAGGAGCCAUGGAACCGCCUGCACCGCACGCCGCCCUCCUUCCCCACACCGCCGCCCUGGCUGAAGCCCGGAGAGUCUGAGAGGAGCGCCUCGGUCAGCUCGCACGAGAGGGACAGAGACUCCGACAAACGAGACUCGGUGGUCAGUAAAGACGACAAGGACAGGGACUCUGUAGAAAAGCGUCACUCGAACCAUCCAUCACCAGUCCCCGUCAACCCCAUCAAUCUCCUUGGCCACAGCCGGCCUCCUGAGCACCACAGAAACCACCUGCCCCCCGUGCCUGCAGAGCCUCAGAGGGACAAAGAGAACAAGGCCAAAGAGAGGGAGAGGGAGCACUCAGACUCCUGGAAGGACAGUGGCACAGAUGACCACAAGCUCAAAGACAACCAGCACAGUGACAAGGACACGCCCGUCAUCCACGACGGCCGGGUGUCAGAGGACAAAGUGUCCAACAGGGGGACGGCGUCACCCUACAUCCGGCAGACCAGCCUGGAACGUCCCAAUGGCGGCCUGAGCAGGGAGGUCCUGGAGAAGAAGGCAGAGCUGCCGUACGAGCACCAGAAAAAGAGCAGUGAGGUCAAAGUGAAGGAGGAGAGGAAGGAGGAGCAAGAGGGAGCUACAGAGAGGGCAAAUGAGCACCCACCACAGCCACCCACUACGCCAAACCUCCACCCUCCCUCCUCAAACCUCCUGACUCCCUCCUCAAAUCUCCACCCUCCUUCCUCAAAUCUCCACCCUCCCUCCUCGAUGCCUAUGCCCAUGGGCAUGGCUGGAGUCCAUCCGAUCAACAGCAUCAGCAGUCUGGAGAGAACUCGAGUGGUGGCGCCCUUCAUGGGUAUAAGCCCCAUCCCAGGAGCUGACAGGUUCCCCUACCCCGCCUUCCACUGGGACCCAAUGAGGGAUGCCUACAGGGGCCUGGACAUUCACAGACGGGACCCUCUGACCAGGGAACUGUUGCUAAGGAAUGACCCUCUGCACCGGCUGACAGCACCACGUCUGUACGAGGCCGAGCGCUCCUACAGGGACCGUGAGCCUCAUGACUUUAACCGUGACCACCCCCACCAUCUGGCCCUGGAGCAGAGGAGGGAGCAGGAGCGUGCCCAGCUGGAGGAGCGUGACCGCCUCAACAUGCUCAGAGAGGACUAUGAGCACGGGCGCCUCCACCCAGCAAUGCACCAUCCAGCCCUUGACGGACACAUGCCCCACCCUGCCCAGGGCCUCAUGGCCCCUGGACUUCCGGGCAUGCACUACUCCAGAGUCAGCCCCGCGGCAGCAGCAGCAGCCGCCGCUGCAGCCCAUCAGAACGGUAUUCUGAACAAAACACCACCCACCGCCUCUCUGAGUGCCCCGCCACCGCUCAUCCCCACACUGGGCGCCCGCCCAGGCUCACCCAGACGGACUACUCCCAUGGCCACAGAUAUCAGAGACAGACCGGCUCACAAAGACAUUGAGGCACGGUGAGCUGAGCCUCAGUAGACUCAGUGCCCCUGCAGCCCUGUGCCUCACUUACACUGAACUCACACCAAGCACUUAGCUUUGGGCAAAGCAAGACUGUAACAUAGCUGUGAAUAACUUAUGUGGGCAGACGUGCCCACACGAUGAAUUGUUUUUGUAUAAAAACUACAAAGACCCAAUAAUCACAGAACAAAAAAAAUACAUUUUUCAGAGAUUUUUUUCCAGUUUGCUCCAGCUUUUUGUGUGCAUUCUUUCUCUUGUAUAGCGAAGUGAUGUGGAGUAAGAAUGAAAUCAUUUUUUGGAAUGUACAGGUACUUUAGCACUGACAGACAGCAAAGUGUGUAGAUAAUGUGUACAGUCACUGUGCUCGCUCUGUAUGGAUUAAAAUCAUGGUACAAAUAUGCAAAAGAGUGUUUUGAAAGCUUUACUUUGAACAAAUGUAAAUAGAGGAGUAUUUAGGCGGUGAUUCAGAAUGUGCUUUUUUGCAAUUUCCUUUUUUUUUGUUGACGCAGCUGAUUAGCAUUGUACCAGAGACCCCAUAUUCAACUAUGCAACAAAUGUCUGGGCUCCCUUUCUGAAAGCUGGCCUUCUCACCACUACUGACUGUGUACCAAUGAAGGACAAAAAGCUGCAUUCUCUCCACAACUCAGACUUGACAAACACAUUGGCUCAGCGCAGACAGAUACAAGGUUUGUUGGUAGCAAUUUGGAUUAAAAGAAAAGUAAUGUUUUAAGAAUCAUUUUUCUCAUAUUUAAUCAAUUGUGGGGACAAUACUAGAAACAGUAUUGCAUUUCAAAAAGCUUUUUCAAGGAUUUUUAAUGUAAAAAGCCAGCAGCACAAAUGUUAAAACACUUUUUUUAAUCUCAGUUUUUCCUUCACUCAGUCGUCAGUAGUCUCGUUCUGGGGAGAAUGCAGCACACGAAACACCAUGACAGCACAUCGCCCGAUAGGAGUGUAAAGUACAUGUUUUGGAAAAUAGGUUCCGUUGGUCAAACAGUGUAUUAAAAGUGCUUUCCUAAGUUGUUGUACCUACAAAAUCAAAAGACAAAAAAAGCAAGUCUAAACUAUGGACAGUUUGUUUCUAACGAGCAGAGAUCUAUUUUAGUAGUCCACUGAAGGUUUAGUUGUGCGCUUCAAACUCUGUGAUAUCAUGUCGUGCAGUGUUUUUUAAUCCAACAUAAAAAUGUCCACCGGAGCCAUAGUGGUUAGUCAAAAACGCGUAUUGCAAAAAGAUUGUUAAAUGAGAAAAAAACCUUUUUUUGCUGUUUACCAUGUACAGGGGGAAAAAAAUGAAGUCUUUCUAGGAUCAUGUACAAAAAUGAGAAAAAAAAUGAAGCGACUGAAUCUUCAGCAUGCUCCUCAUUUAAACUUGUGUUAUGUAAA